UCUUUAUAAAUUGUUUUUUUUAUAUUCCAGGCUAUGAUGUUUUCUACAUAUAAAUGAGGACAAAAUAAAGAAAAAUGUCACAUUUAAGGCUGUUGCUGUCAGCAGCUACCAAACAAUAUGCCAGUCUUACAUUGAAUAAGUGUUCAGUUCCUGCACUUGUAUUGAAAACAAAUCUGCAUGUAUCAUCAUGUUUGAAGAUGGAUAUAUCUGGUAUAACAGACGAACAAAGUGAACCUAACGAAACAAAGGAGAGCGACAACAAGGCAACAUCUGUUAAGAAGGCGCCUAGAGAUGCAGCUUUUCCAGAUAGUCCUAUCAAUCCAGAUUUCAUACCGGGUGGAGAGUACAUACCAACAAGGGAAACAUAUGAACAUUUGGUGAAUGGGGUACGCUAUGACAAAUUACCAAGAGUAUACAUAAAAGCUUCAUACCAGAAUACAACAGCAAGUGCUCACACUUGUAAAAACCUAUGUCUUUCCUCACAAUCAGGGGGAAAAGUUGGAUUUAAGCAUGCAAAAAAGAAAUCUUCAAUUUGUGGACAGACAGUGGGUGUAGCUGUUGGGAUGGAUCUCAUAAAAAAGGGUCAAAAGGAUGUUCGUGUAAUUGUAAAAGGACAAGGUUCUGGAAGAUUGUCUUGUAUGAAAGGUAUUCAGCUAGCAGGUGUUAACAUAGUUUCUAUAACUGACAGAACUUUCCCUAGUAUUACAUCUAGACCAAGAAAACCACGCAGGUUAUAGAUUUUGCAUCCCAUAACUGCCGGAGAAACACCUAUUUGAAAGAUGUGAACCAGCAUACUGUUUCAAUUUUUAUUUAAAGUUUAGAGGUUCUUGAAAGGGAUAUCAUUUUUUGAAAGCUUUUGCAGACCACAUAUUAAAGGUUUCAUUCAAGCUAAUGCUUGUUAAUUUUUAAACAAGAAUUUCCUGAACUGCCAGUCAUAAAGAAUAAACUACAUAGAAAAAACUGACAUAAAUCGGUUUGAUGAACUUUGUUGUUUACUAUUAGCAUGUAUUAAGUAUUGAAAAAAAAAUCUUAUGAUGAUAAAGGUUGGAAAUAAAUUAUGAUAAAAAGCACA